AAAGCGCCGCUUCCUCCCUGUAGUUUUCUGUGGUGGGCUCCGGCAGAGUUUUAAGCCUUUCGUUUGGGAUGCAGCAUCCCGAGAUGGAGAACGAGGCCGAGCAGAUGGAAGGACCGGAUCCGGAGCUGGCGGCUACGAUGGGUUUCUCGGGCUUCGGAAAGAAAGCUCGAACAUUUGACUUCACUGCAAUGUUUGAACAAACCCGAAGAACUGCUGUAGAACGAAGUAGAAAAAUACUUGAAGAACGUGAGAAAGAAGAAGCUGAGAAAGAAAAAGAAUUUGCAAGCCAGCAAGGAGGUGCCGAUUCAUCAGGGGGUGCAGGAUCACAACCAGUAAAAAAAGUAUCUUCCAGAGAAAUGUCUAGUAGCGAAAAUGAAGACAGUCUGGAUGAAGAAUUUGUUGGUCCUCCCUUACCUCCUGAAGAAUCAGUCAAUGAUUCUGAUGAGGAGCUGAUUGGCCCACCACUUCCUCCCGGCUACAAGAACGAAGAGGAAGAGGAGGAGGACGAUGACGAUGACGAUGACGAUGGUGAUGAAAGUGCCCAGGAAGAAGAUGAGGAUCCUGUGAAGAAGAUUCCCGACUCACAUGAAAUUACUCUCCACCAUGGCACAAAAACAGUCUCUGCUUUAGGAUUGGAUCCAUCGGGUGCCCGUUUGAUAACUGGAGGAUAUGACUAUGAUGUUAAAUUUUGGGAUUUUGCUGGAAUGGAUGCAUCUCUUCAGGCUUUUAGAUCUCUGCAACCAUGUGAAUGUCACCAGAUAAAAUCUUUGCAGUACAGCAGCACUGGAGAUGUCAUUCUUGUUGUUGCGGGUAAUUCUCAAGCUAAAGUCCUUGACAGAGAUGGCUUUCCUGUGAUGGAGUGUGUGAAGGGGGACCAGUAUAUUGUAGACAUGGCAAACACUAAGGGACACACAGCAAUGCUUAAUUCAGGCUGUUGGCAUCCAAAAAUAAAAGAAGAGUUUUUAACAUGUUCCAAUGAUGGGACUGUAAGGACAUGGGAUGUCACUAAUGAGAAAAACCAUAAAACUGUGUUUAAACCACGUUCAGCUCAAGGUAAAAGGGUGAUUCCAACAAGCUGCACCUACAGCAGAGAUGGUAAACUUAUUGCAGCUGGCUGCCAAGAUGGGUCCAUCCAGAUCUGGGAUAGGAAUAUGAAUGUUCAUACCAAGUUUCACUGCAGACAAGCACACGCUCCAGGCACUGAUACAUCAAGUUUGACAUUUUCCUAUAGCGGCACCGUUCUUGCCAGUCGGGGAGGUGAUGAUUCCUUAAAAACCUGGGACAUCAGACAGUUUAAAGCACCUCUUAAUUCUAUCAAUGGCCUACCAAGUUUCUUUCCCAUGACCGACUGUUGUUUUAGCCCAGAUGAUCAAUUACUUGUUACUGGCAUUUCCGUUAAGAAAGGACAUGGCAGUGCAAAACUUUUCUUUUUUGAUCGGGAAACGUUUAAAAAAAUGUAUGAGAUCGAUGUCACUGAUGCGAGUGUUGUUCGGUGUCUCUGGCAUCCUAAACUGAACCAAAUCAUGGUUGGAACAGGAAAUGGAUUAGCAAAAGUAUACUAUGAUCCCUUCAAAAGUCAAAGGGGAGCAAAGCUGUGUGUUGUGAAGACUAAAAGAAAAGAGAGACAAGCAGAGACUCUGACACAAGAUUAUAUUAUAACACCUCAUGCGCUUCCAAUGUUUCGUGAACCACGCCAGCGAAGUACAAGAAAACAGCUGGAAAAGGACAGAAUGGAUCCUGUGAAAUCUCACAAACCAGAACCUCCAGUAGCAGGACCAGGCCGUGGUGGUCGUGUUGGAACUCAUGGAGGUACUCUGUCGUCGUACAUAGUGAAGAAUAUUGCAUUGGAUAAAACUGAUGAUAGCAAUCCCCGAGAAGCUAUUCUGCGGCAUGCGAAAGAAGCAGAAGAAAGUCCCUACUGGGUUGCUCCAGCGUAUUCCAAAACCCAGCCAAAGACAGUUUUUGCAGAAGUAGAAUCUGAUGAAGAUGAAACAGAUGACAAGCCAGAGUGGAAAAAACGUAAAAUUUGAAGAAUUUAAAUUGGAGGAGCUUCACAAGGGAUUUGAGACAGAGAUGGAUUCUUUUUCCUUAUGCAAAAGAAGUCAAAUUACUGCAAGCAAAAUUGCUUUUAUGCACAGGAAUAUUUCGCCCCUUUGAAAGACUAUAAUUGCCAUAAAGUGAAAUAGGAUUGUUUUAGCAUAGAAUCUGUAUUUUAUUAAAUAACUAAAAUCAUCAAUAAAAAAGAAUUAUUUCUUCAAAGUAUGUGUAUAUUUAGAAGAGUAGAUCGUACUUACUUAAAAAAAGCCCAAUCCUCCGUUUUUCCUCCUUAAAUUAUUUUUUCAUUUGUUGAUAUAUCACCUAAACAUAAUGAGGAAGUAGACUAUUAUAUAAUCUGGAAUAAUUUCUGCUCCAUAUUUGAAUUCCAUAUUUUUUUGUUCAUUUAUGAAAGCCACAGGGUAUGUCAAUAAUGUGGAUUGUAAAUGGUGUACAGAAUCUUGGGGUGGGGUAGUCAAAGCAUUUAUAAUUGGAAACAUUUCAAAUUAAAAAUGAUAGUUUUGAUAUGCUGGAAAUGCCCUGAUGCAAUUGUAAGCAUUCUGGAAUGUUCCAAGUUAAAAAAAACCACGCAUUUGGAUCUUAAACCAUAGAUGUUUCAAAUGCAAAACAUAUCUGGAACAGUGUCAGAAUAUUCCUGGUUAAAUUGGAAGAUCUUUUUCAGCUCAAAAGGUUUUGCACAGUACUAAUCUCCUAUUGACAAUUUAUUUCCACCUGUUGAUUGCAGAACAGAUAUAUAUCAUACAGAUGUCAUUUCAUAGAUAAAUAACUCCUUUUUUCUAACGGUAUGCAAUAGAUUCCCUUUUUUAGGCCAAUAGAUUGUUACUUUUCUCGAAGAAGAAAUCUUGCUAUCGAUGCAUUUUUUUCUGUGCAUUUCUUGAUUCCUGAUUUUUAUGUUUGCUGAUCAUUUUAAGUUCUGGAAUGUAAUACAAAAAUAUUCGUUUUAAAACCAGUCAUUGUUUCACAGAAAAAUAAAUUGCAAG